UUUUGCACAUUCAAAUAUUAUUAGAUCAGCUUAGAAUUUCACUCACGAAAGUUGUCACCCUGAAAUUUUACCAGUCACAAAUCCGGAUUUCUGUUCGAUUUCUUCAGGAUUUUCAUUCAAUAUGUCAAGAAGCUGGUCUGAAGGAACCUCGGGAAGCUCCGAGGAAAAUUUUUUGGCUAGUUUGAACGAGCCUUUUGUUCGACCAAGGAGUUCAUGGAGUGAUGCCAGACGGCAAUCGCUGGCUGCUCCCUACGGCGUUUCUAUCCGAAGAAAGACAUGGGCCAAUGCGAGUCAUGAGAGUCGCGACGAGCAGAAAUUGGAUGACUUAUAUAUGUAUCCGGAUAUCGACAUUUGGGGAGUCAAUUUAUUCCAACUGAGCAAUCGCAGCAACCAACCAUUGACCAGCGUAGCCUACUCAGCCUUUCAACGUCACGAUUUGUUCAGAGCUCUCGAAAUCCCAGCGAAGACCUUUCUCAUCUAUAUGAUGAAUAUCGAGAAUCGUUAUAUCAAGACCAAUCCCUUCCAUAACAGCCUCCACGCAGCGGAUGUAACGCAAACAGCACACACUCUGUUGAUCAUGCCCUCUUUCCAGUCGGUAUUCGAACCUUUGGAGAUCGCUGCAACUCUCUUUGCGGCUGCGAUACACGAUGUCAAUCAUCCGGCGCUCACGAAUCAGUUCCUCAUCAACACGAGCUCGGAACUUGCUCUGACGUACAACGAUAUCUCGGUGCUCGAGAAUCAUCAUCUUGCUGUAGCAUUCAAAUUGCUGCAGAAAAAGGACAACGAUAUAUUCGUCAAAUUUAAAAAGGAACAACGUAAAAAGUUGCGAAAACUGGUCAUAGACAUGGUGCUAUCGACCGAUAUGUCGAAGCACAAUUCUCUUGUUGCUAGUUUCAAGGAGUUGGUUGCAAGGAAAGAAGUAAAUAAUGCGGGUGUUCUUCGUCUCAGAGACGAUUCUGACAAAUUUCAAGUUCUCGACUGCCUCGUACAUUGCGCUGAUCUUUCGAAUCCGACAAAGCCUUUGGACAUUUAUAAACAAUGGACUACUCGUAUUAUGGAUGAGUUCUGGGCUCAGGGGGAUAAGGAACGCGAGCUGGGCAUGGAAAUCAGUCCGAUGUGCGAUCGGAAUACUGCAGACGUCGCGAAGAUCCAGGUCGGCUUCAUUGACUUUGUUGUUGCGCCUCUGUGGAAUGUUUGGGCCCAACUCGUUGAUCCCAAUGCUGAACAUAUCGUCGAAAGUCUCCAAAACAAUCGUGAAUAUUAUCGAGACUUGAUGUCUCAAUCCUCGCGUGGCCCGGGACUAAUCUCCGAGUAAUCGCGAAAAAACUCGAUCCAUGUUUAAUAUUAACAUGGAGAAUCUAUGAAAAAAUAUGUUCCCGCAGAAUGAGCGAGUUGACCGGAAUCGACGAAUAAAAAAUGGACGGGCCAAUUAAAAUAAAGAAAAGCUUCUUUAAAAAGUA